UACAUUGCGGGCUCCAGGCUCUGGGCGGGGCCAGCGCUAAUGAUUCCGGUUCGCUCCUGCCGCCCCUCGGCUCCUCGUCUCCCCCUCCCCUCCGCCUCCACUCCUCCCUCCCGCUCUUGGGAAAGAGAAGCGGCGGCUGUGGGUGGUUAGAGAAGCACUCGGCGCCUCAGGGACGGGAAAGCGCCCGCUCCAUUUGAGCCCGGGAGCCCAGCCGAUCCAGGGAUGGAACUCAGGACCUUGUGCUUGUGAGGCAGGCAGUGGAACCACUGAGCAAAAUCCCUGGCCUUCAACCUCAUUUUUAAAAAAAAAUUAAUUUUGGGAUGGAGUCUUGCUGAAAUGUCCAGUCUGACCUCUAACAUGGAUUUCUUCUGCUUGAGUCUCCCGAGUAGCUGAGAUUACAGAGUAUGAGAAUUUAUCAAGAGAGAAGGAAAAAACCACGUCAGGAAGAAGGCAAGCAUACUUUAAAUUAAUAUUGGUUACAAAACAUCUUCCUAUGCUUGAGACCUACAUACUACGUGUCCUAAAGGAACUAAUCAAUGGUUUUUCAUCUCCUGGAGAUACGUUAGAAACAUAAAUAUGGUCCCAAAAGAACUCCUCAUCUUUCUUUGACUGCGGUUUGUUGGACAUAUUUUUGUAUUGAAGAGAGGUGUAUACACUGUGGCUGCUUGUCCAGAGACUGUCGUGUAGGAUCAUGGACCAUCCUAGUAGGGAAAAGGAUGAAAGACAACGCACAACUAAGUCCAUGGCACAAAGGAGUGCACACUGCUCCCGACCAUCUGGCUCCUCGACGUCCUCUGGGGUUCUUAUGGUGGGACCCAACUUCAGGGUUGGCAAGAAAAUUGGGUGCGGGAACUUCGGAGAGCUUAGAUUAGGUAAAAAUCUCUACACCAAUGAAUAUGUAGCAAUCAAACUGGAACCAAUAAAAUCACGAGCUCCGCAGCUUCAUGUAGAAUACAAAUAUUAUAAACAACUUGGCAGUGCAGCUGAAGGUCUCCCACAGGUGUACUACUUUGGACCAUGUGGAAAGUACAGUGCCAUGGUACUGGAGCUCCUUGGCCCUAGCUUGGAGGACUUGUUUGACCUCUGUGACCGAACCUUUACUUUGAAGACGGUGUUAAUGAUAGCCAUCCAGUUGCUAUCUCGAAUGGAAUAUGUGCACUCAAAGAAUCUCAUUUACCGAGAUGUCAAGCCAGAAAACUUCCUGAUUGGCCGACAAGGCAAUAAGAAAGAACACGUUAUACACAUUAUAGACUUUGGACUAGCCAAGGAAUACAUUGAUGCUGAAACCAAAAAACACAUAGCUUAUAAGGAAAACAAAAGUUUAACUGGAACUGCAAGAUAUAUGUCUAUCAACACGCAUCUUGGCAGAGAGCAAAGCCGGCGAGAUGAUUUGGAAGCCCUAGGCCAUAUGUUCCUGUAUUUCCUUCGAGGCAGCCUACCUUGGCAAGGACUCAAGGCUGAUACAUUAAAAGAGAGAUAUCAAAAAAUUGGGGACACAAAAAGGAAUACUCCUAUUGAAACUCUCUGUGAGAACUUUCCAGAGGAGAUGGCAACCUACCUUCGGUAUGUCAGACGAUUAGACUUCUUUGAGAAACCUGAUUAUGAGUAUUUACGGACCCUCUUCACAGACCUCUUGAAAAAGAAAGGCUACACCUUUGACUAUGCCUAUGAUUGGGUCGGGAGGCCCAUUCCUACUCCAGUAGGGUCAGUUCCUGUAGAUUCGGGUGCAUCUGCAGUAACUCGAGAAAGCCACACACACAGGGAUCGGCCAUCACAGCAACAGCCUCUUCGAAAUCAGACGGCAUCGUCAGAGCGCCGAGGAGAGUGGGAAGUCCAGCCCAGCCGGCAGACCAGUACCUCAUACCUGACGUCUCACUUGGCCGCAGACCGCCAUGGGGGAUCAGUGCAGGUGGUUAGUUCAACCAAUGGUGAGCUGAAUGUUGACGACCCAACAGGAGCCCACUCCAAUGCACCAAUCACCGCUCAUGCCGAGGUGGAGGUAGUGGAGGAAGCUAAGUGCUGCUGUUUCUUUAAGAGGAAAAGGAAGAAGAACGCUCAGCGCCACAAGUGACCAGUGCCUCCUAUGAGUCCUCAGGCCCUGGGGACUCUGACUCCAUUGCACCUGCAGCUCCUGCCAUUUCUCAUUGGAAGGAACUAUUCUGUGGGGGAGGAUGGAGAUCCAAACCAAAAAGAAGAAAAGAUAACCCCAGAAGGAGCCUUUGCGGGCAGCCAGGGCCCCGUGGCUCAGGGGCCACCCCUCCUUCCUAAGCUCUGAGCAGGUCCCAGAGCUGCUGCUCCUGCACCGCUUGCCCUGGGGCUGCCUGGUAGACUUCCUUCCCAUUGUUUACAGUGAAGGUGUCAUUCACGAAAACUCAAGGACUGCUACUCUCUUCCCUCCCCUUCUUUACUCCUGGUUCUCGUCCCACCCUCAGCCUCUCCAGCAUAAAGGCUAGUAAGCUAAAGGUUUUGUGUGUGGAGGGGAUGCCCAGGGUGGGUACAGCCAAGAAGGUAGGAGGAAAAUGGCAGACCCAGGGCAGGGCUGGAGAAGAAUCUUCUUUCUCCACUUCCCUGUGUGUCUGUAGCAUGGCUUUCUCUCCUCUGUGCCUGGGCAGCCUCCACGGAGGUGGCCACAGGGUCAGGUUCCUUCCUCCCUCCCUCCUGUGAAUUUACACUGUAGGAUGCAAGCUGUGAGAAAUCUGCAGUCUACUGUCCCCAUGUGGUGGCGUUCUUAGCUUUCUUGACAAGUGAGUUCCUUUUUCCAGGCAGUAGCAGGACAUGCAAAUUGUUCUGAGCAAGGAAAGAAAACUGACUUUAUUGCACUUUUAGUUUGUUUGUUUGUUUGUUUGUUUUUUUAAACAACAUGGCAGAUGCAUAUUGUGUCUAGUUAUAUUGGGGCUUUUACUUUUUUCUGUUUUGAGGGGGAUGGGCCAGCCAAGCCAUUCAGAGAGAACGUGGGUCCAGAGGACAUUUUCCAUGAAAAGAGUUUGAUCGCAGCACCUAGAAGAAAAGAAGCCAAACUCUGUCAUUCUGAGUGAACACUCAGGUUGGCAAAGAAACAUACUUGAAUUUUCAUUCAUCUUCUCAGCUGCUGAAGAAUGUCCCUUCCAGAGCCUCUUGGCCUAAUCUGCCUGCAGUCCAUUAGCUCUCCAGCACAUGGGUUAAGCAGCAAGCCAGACUGUGACCAAAAGACAGCUCACCCCACAGAAGGAGAUACUUAACAAAAAUCGAAAAUGUCUGUUUCCUCCACUGCCAGGGAUUCCUGCUCAGUAAGUCAUGUGACUUUCUGGUGACUUUGGCGACAAAUUAGUGAUGAAACAGCCACCACUACAUUGCUACUAGUGGACAAAAAGCAGACAGUGAACCUGCCUUCCAACUGCCAGAGAAGCCUCAGGGUGUGGCAUCAUAGGGCCAGGAGAAGAAAGUCAGUGUGUCCCGUCUGCUCUAAGAGCUAAGUUGUAAUAUCUGGGCUGGCUUGCCUUACCUGAAACCAGGCCCAUAGCAUCAGGACCUGGGGCUUCGAGAAUAGGAAUGUAGGAUUGGUUGGUGCUGGGAAGCUCCAGGGAAAAGGAGACUUAACUGAAAGAUCUGAAAUUACCUUUUUAAUUAGACGUAACUUGCUGAUAAGAUGGCCAUGCAUCUGAGCGUGUUUUCCCCACUAUAUCCAACACUCCCACCAAGGUGGCUUCACAGGACAUACCACCAUGAAGCGUCUUGGUUCCUCAUUCACUGUUUGAAGUUAGUAAUGUCUGGAGUUAAUCUUCUCAUGCUGCAUUUUCAGUUCAAGGGGCUUUCCAAACAGUGGCUUCUCAUCCUGAUGUAACAGAGGAGAAAGGAUCAUUUACCUCAGGGGAAGAAAUCUUGCAUCCAAGAGCAGAGAGUUAACUAUGCAGGACCAUAGCUGGCUUAGUCUGGUGGGAUGGGGAGCAUAGAAAUGUUUGCCCAUACCUUAAGGCUCUGGCCUGCCUAUUGGACUGGAGGACGUGGGCGUACAUUCUGGUAGGUGGCAUUUCCUGACAAGUCCUGUGAUGUACCUUGUAUGAAUCAGAAAUGCCAACACUCAACAUGAAUUGGAAUGCCAGACUUCACCUGUUCCAUGGGACCCAGUCUUGGGAAAAUCAUUUCACUGGCUUCAAACCUGCUUAGCUUAUGUAAAGACUGCAAUCUGCCAUUUCUUUAAGGAAAAACUUUUCAGUGUAUGAAACAUGGAGUGGCAGGGUCGCACCCCUUCCCCACAAGGACUUUGACUGUUGGGGUAUGCUUGCCUGCCAUGGAUAAAGCCCAUCACUGAAAUUUACAAAGCCUCAUUUGGCAUAUGGGCAACUCUAACUUCCUAUAUAGAAAUUUUAACUUCUUCAUCCCUGUGUAGAAAAUGGCUUGCCUUUCAAGGGAGGGCAGGUGAAAUGAUGGCAAAACCUGGAUCAUCCUGGCUCACUGUACCCCACUAAGUGCCUCCCCCAACCUGCUUCCACAGAAAAGCAAAGGCAGUGGCCAGCUUGGCUGUAGGGCAGGCUGCCUUACAGCUGGGUUUGUGACUUUUUGUUUUAUAAUUUUUAUAGGCGAGCUCUUGAGGGGUUGAACCUGAGCAGUUGGGGGGUGGCUUCCUAAUGCACUAUUCUCACCCUCCAACCUUCCACCCCCAACCUCUUACUAGAUGUUUGGUUUUCAUAGCAAAGGUGAAGAGCCCCAGGUCCCUUUAGCAUGUAGGGUAAUGGUGAACCUUCCAAGGCCAUGGACACACUCCAAGAUGGUCCCAGACCUGAGAGAUUCUGUUAUGGUCGUCCACAGAAUCAAGCCACCUGCCCCCUAUAAAACAAAAACUGAGGACCCUGCAAGCAAUUUGGCCAUCAGUCCCAGCCUUGCCAGCACUUCAGGCUCCCUCAGCCCUAUUGCUACUGUUGCAUGUCUGUGUACCCCAGCCAGGUUCUGGGGGACAGGCACUCCUUCCAGCCUUCCACCCAGAGUCUAGUUUUUGAGCUUUCUCCAUUUCACAGCCAUGAUGCCUGAGGAUCAUUUUCUUUGGGAUCGAUGCAGUUGUUUUCCUUUAAAGCAAAUUCAGUAUCUUUGCAUUUUUAAAAGCCCUUAAGACAUGAGGAGUUCUCUAAAGCACUCCUAUCCAUCAGAUGCUGCAGCCUGAGUGGAUGGAGGCCAGCAGACCAGGAUACCACCAGGGCAUACAGCAUCUCCACUUGUGAUUGGACCAGGGCUUGUGCCUGUGCACUUAUGCUCCGAAAGUGUGACGGAAUAUCCUAGCAGCCAGUGUGCACUCAUGACUGCUUUAAUACUAUUUUUUGGGUCUGUCUAGGAAGAAACAGAGUCUUGGAAAAUAUGAAUCAGGUGACCAGGUGAAAUUCAGUUUAGAAGUUUAGAAUGCAUAUGCUACAGGAGACACACUGAGGUGUCCAGUAGAAAAAGUGAUGAUUUCCUGUUUAUUUUCAGUUCAUUCCAAGUACAUAAAAACAGUCCCCUACACUUUGCCUCCCAAAGUCACUUCCAACUUAACAGUGGAAAUGCAUGCUGGUAGUGCUUAUUCAGUGUUCACUUUCAGUGUUAGUAGCCACUUUGAAUGUGAGGAAUAUGCACUGCGGUAAAGUUAUUUUAGAAUGGUUACUAAUGAUCAUAGCCUUAACUCAUUUUUGGUUUUUGGUUUUUCUUGAACAAGCAUGGACUUCAUUUCUCAAAAAUAAGACCACGUCUCUUCAAAGAAACUGGUCUUUCUGAUGCAUCUUUCUGAAGGCUACAUGCUUCCCAGCCACCUCUUCUGUGUUCAUAUCAAGCCCGUUGUCCAUUCCCAUCAAAUUGCCCUGACAAUGUUGUCUCUAAUGUCGGAGCCAUGCUGGGGCUGGAGUUGCUCAAAUUGGGAGUUUGAAGGGUCCUUCAGCCAACAUUGCCUUUUCCAGGCUACUGCCACCAGCCCCACCAUUGCCUCACGGUAGGCAGCUGAACUCCAGAGACCCUCAGGAACCCCAUCUGGAUUGGCCAUGUUGGUGAUAGGCACUUACCUCUGGGGUUCUUGGUUUACAGACUUCAGGGAAGCCCCGUCUAGAGGUUGGUGGUCAGUGACUCCUGAGAUUUCCCAUAAUGGGUUGGCAGGAAUCAAAGUGGGUUUAGGGGUUGGUUUGUUAGGGGGUGGUUUUGUUUCUGUGUAAGGAAAAGAAGAGGCAAGCAUGGCCCUCCUUGGGUUUGUAGAAUUUUGAACAAUGUUUAGCCACAGUCUUGGGAGUCUUUGAUCCAGCAAACAGUCUUAAAAAUGUUUUUCCUAACUCCCUUUGCACAUGACUUAAGUGCAAAAAGAAUAGGUUUCUCAUUGUAUUCACAAUAGUAAGUAGGUCCCCGAAUAUAGACAGUAGUACAGUAGUUGACAUAUUUUUCUCAAAAUGAACCAGAAAACCCACUCUAGUAUUUGUAGAUCAUCUUACAAAGGAAAAAAUGAGCAUUGUACUUCAUGUAUUUUUAGUUUGCUUACCAAACUUGAUGUUUUAAAGAAACCUCAGUUGGGUGGACAGAAUUUUUUUCUCUCUCUCCACCGUAACUUUUCCAGUGCCAUCGCCCCCUUAAAGGUCUCAGAGCAGAGGAUUAUCCACUGUAAUAAGUGGGGUUGUAAUCCCAGUGACAUUCAGCACAAGAGGACUGCUGGCAUAACUGGCCCCAAGUUCCUCUUUCAGGGUAGGUGUGACAUUUUCAUUGUUCCUCUCGUGAGCUCCAGGCCAUCCCUACACCGAAAGCCUUUUUAAGGUUUAUGUAUUACUGUCAGGAAUGUCUCAGGAAAGAUGAGCCAUUUCUUUGGGGGGGUACAUUCCCAGAUGGGGGUAUAUGAUUGUGUGUGUCCGCACAUGCGCUCUCCUCUGUACAUUUCACUUUGAUAAAAACUCCUGCUAGGCUUCGAGGAACCAGGAGUUCCUGAGUUUUACUUGUCACAAGUGACAAGUGAGCUUCUCAAAUCAGUGUCUCAGCAAGCUGGCUCUGGGAAUGAGCCCCAUUCAUCAAGGAGAGAGAAGAAAAACAGUAGAAGUUAAAGAGGUAAUACCAAAAAUACUACAAAUCCCCCCAAUGGAAAGUAAUGUUGAUGCAACAAUUCCCAUUGGAUAUAUUACAUCUUCUAAUUUAUUAUAUUAUUCUUUGUCUGUUUCUUUAAUCUUUGACCAUUGUACUCUUAAAAAGAUGUUGGGAUGUUGAUUGCAAUUUUUAAAAAACUAGAUAAUGUAUAAAUCAGCUGUGGAAAUCGGUUUUAAUGGAUGUGUGGAUGUGUCUUGAUUAUUAAAUGCCGUUUUUUAAAAAAAUAUAUGUAAUGUUUCAUAAACCCUGGCACUGGUUGCAACGCUCAGCUGUGAAAAUGAAACUUACAGUAUUUUUAAACAUGAAUGUCAAUUUCAAAUGUAUUUGAAGUGGUUCCUCCAGGCAAGAGAUUUGUACACCAUAGAGGAAAACUCCUGUGCCGAGGAAGUAGCCUUCUUUGGAGAAAAUGGAAAAUGGGUCCUGCUAAUAUUUCUCAGAGUAGCCCAUUUCCUAGGGCACCAUGGAAAACACAAAUGUGAUCUCUUAAGUAUACCUCUUCUCCAAUUUGGGGAGGACAGGACUCAGUUUGCACCCUUUUUGUAUGUAAAAUAAAAUGUCUUACCUUCUUGGCUACUUUCA